GCGCUCGGGCUCCGGAGCCGUCAUGGGCGCCGCCGCGUGGGCAUCGUCGCCCCUGCUGGUGCGCGUGUCUCUCCUGCUGCUGAUUCUGCCGCUCCCGGGGCUGCCCGCAGGCUCCUGGGACCCGGCCGGUUACCUGCUCUACUGCCCAUGCAUGGGGCGCUUCGGGAACCAGGCUGAUCACUUCUUGGGCUCCCUGGCUUUUGCAAAGCUGUUGAACCGCACCUUGGCUGUACCCCCUUGGAUUGAGUACCAGCAUCACAGGCCUCCCUUCACCAAUCUCCAUGUGUCCUACCAGAAGUACUUCAAGCUGGAGCCCCUCCAGGCUUACCAUCGCAUUAUCAGCCUGGAGGACUUCAUGGAGAAGCUGGCACCCACUCACUGGCCCCCUGAGAGGCGGGUGGCAUACUGCUUCGAGGUGGCAGCCCAGCGAAGCCCCGAUAAGAAGACAUGCCCCAUGAAGGAAGGAAAUCCCUUUGGCCCAUUUUGGGAUCAGUUUCAUGUGAGUUUCAACAAGUCUGAGCUUUUUUCUGGCAUUUCCUUCAGUGCCUCCUACAAAGACCAGUGGAUCCAGAGAUUUUCUGCAAAGGAACAUCCAGUGUUAGCCCUGCCAGGGGCCCCGGCCCAGUUCCCUGUCCUGGAGGAGCACAGGCCACUCCAGAAAUACAUGGUGUGGUCAGAUGAGAUGGUGAGGACGGGAGAGGCCCACAUCCACACCCACCUCAUCCGACCUUACGUGGGCAUUCAUCUGCGCAUUGGCUCUGACUGGAAGAAUGCCUGCGCCAUGCUGAAGGAUGGGACUGCAGGCUCGCAUUUCAUGGCCUCCCCACAGUGUGUGGGCUACAGCCGCAGCACGGCUGCCCCUCUCACCGUGACCAUGUGCCUCCCUGACCUGAAGGAAAUCAGACGGGCUGUGAAGCUCUGGGUGGACACGCUGAAUGCCCAGUCAGUCUACAUCGCCACGGAUUCCGAGAGUUACAUGCCCGAGAUCCAAGAGCUCUUUAAAGAGAAGGUAAAAGUGGUGAGCCUGAAGCCUGAAGUGGCCCAGAUUGACCUGUACAUCCUUGGCCAAGCUGACCACUUUAUUGGCAACUGUGUCUCCUCCUUCACUGCCUUCGUGAAGCGGGAACGGGACCUCCAGGGGAAGCCAUCUUCUUUCUUCGGCAUGGACAAGCCCCCUCAGCUGCGGGAUGAGUUCUGAUCCUGGCUGGAGCACAUAACCAGUCUGAGCUGGUCCCACUUGCCAGGCCUCACAGCCAGCAGUGCUCCCAGCACUGAUUCCCAAGAGUACAAGCUCUUCUGCUCUCCUGCCAGAGACAGAAAAGCACCCGGGACUUCUGGAGGAGGACUCCAUCUCCCAGGGCACAGAGCUUUCAGGCUUCUGGAGCCAGAGCAUCUCUACUCUCCGUGUGCCUCCUGCUGUUUCUCCUGGGAUUUCGCACACUGGCAAAGCAGUCCAACCUCUGUCUUUUGGUCUGCCCUGCUCUGAGCAGCCUGGGGGGCUAAUCUCUUCAGUGAUUUUUUUAUAGAGAGAGCAACAGAGAUUCUUA